AGGGGACAUCCUCCUAGAGGGGAUCGUCCUCCAAAACGGGAUCAUCCUCCUAGAGGGGAUCGGCCUCCUAGAGGGGAUCGUCCUCCUAGAGGAGAUCGUCUUCCAAAACGGGAUCAUCCUCCUAGAGGGGAUCGGCCUCCUACAGGGGAUCGUCCUCCUAGAGGGGAUCGUCCUCCAAAACGGGAUCAUCCUCCUAGAGGAGAUCGGCCUCCCAAACGGGAUCGGCCUCUUAGAGGGGAUCGUCCUGGUAGAGGGGAUAGUCCUCCUAGAAGGGAUCGUCCUCCUAGAAGGGAUCGUCAUCCUAGAAGGGAUCGUCCUCCUAGAAGGGAUCGUCCUCCUAGAAGGGAUCGUCCUCCAAAACGGGAUCAUCCUCCUAGAGGGGAUUGGUCUCCUAGAGGGGAUCGUCCUCCAAAACGGGAGCAUCCUCCUAGAAGGGAUCGUCCUUCUAGAGGGGAUCGUCCUCCCAAACGGGAUCGUCCUCCUAGAGAAAUGAUCAAGGAUUCUCAUGCGUCCAUCAGGCAGGGCGGCCGGCUACCGACCCGGCAAAUGUUUUCUGACGAGCCAGCAACUGUAAUCGCCUUACCUAAAUCACUAACAUCAGCUGGUAAUGGCCCGCCAUUGCAGCCUUAG